AUGAGUGGUGGAGUCCAGGUUCAAGCCCAGAGGAGAUAUAAUCCCAAGGAAGAUAAGGACUAUAAUCACGCAAGUGAUAAAGAAUAUGUCAUUUAUAGGAGGAGAGCUAAUGAUGCAAGGUCGAAGUACUCUAUGUUAUCUCAAAAAUCACAGAAUGCAUUCAAAAGAGGAGAUAAAGCAGAAGCAAAGCGUUUAUCCAAUGAAGCAAAGCAAGUGCUGAAUGAGGUAGACAAGUGGAAUGCAAUGGCUGCGGAAUUCGUUUUUGUAGAAAAUAACCGGGAUUCGGAUGAGAAUGAUAUCGAUCUUCAUGGAUUGUAUGUAAAGGAAGCGGAAUAUAUCCUUAAGCAGAGGAUUAUCAAUGGUGUUCAAAGAAACCAGUCGAGUCUUGAUUGCAUUGUUGGAAAAGGUAAGCACUCGGCAGGGGGAAUAGCGAAGCUCAAACCUGCAGUUGAGCAAUUGUGUACUGAAGCUGGAAUUCGAUGCGAGAUUGAUCGCAAAAAUACUGGGGUCCUAAUUAUAUUUCUAGACGGCUUUCGGAUCCCAUCAUCUUGGUCAAACAUUAAUCCAAAUGGAAUUGGUGCAAUGCUCGAGAAUCAGAAUGUUCCUGAUAGGAGGACUGGGAAAUUUCAUGGUCAACAGCAAGGACAACCGCUAUAUCAACAGCAACCCUCAUAUCAGCAGUCCUAUCAACAGUCUUCUUAUCAGCAGCCCUCUUAUCAGCAGCCCUCUUAUCAGCAGCCCUCUUAUCAGCAGCAGCAACAACAACCGUAUUAUUAUCAGCAGCAGCAGCAACAACAACAGCAGCAAAAUGUGCCACUUCAACAGAUACUCUCUCUUGUUAUCAAACUUGUUCGGAGCUGCUGCUGA